AUGAUCGGGCAUCGUUUGGCAAAAUGGAGAUGGAGCAGAAGUUAUACAACAGCAGUCGCCAACGCUGACGUCGUCGUUUGCGGUGGUGGAAUAUCAGGAACUUCUAUUGCCUAUCAUCUAGCGAAACGGGGUAAAAAAGUAGCACUGGUUGAAAAAGAUUCGAUAGGAUGUUCUGGCGCCACAGGACUCUCUGCUGGACUCGUAUCUGCUCCAAUAUUCUGGCAAGAUACAAGUCUUCAAGCUAUUGCUCAAGCUUCUCUCGAUUUGUACUCACAUUUGGCAAAAACUUGCAAAUUCCGGUAUGUAAAAUGUGGUAGAACAUAUCUUGCCUCAAGCAUGGCAAACGAAAUUCUCCUGCGGCGAAUGUAUUCGAGAGGUGUAGUUCAUAACGACAAGGUUGAACUGCUUGAUUGUCAAAGCGAAAUGCUCGAAAGGUGGCCGUUUUUGCAGACUGAGGAUGUUCAGUUGGCUUUGUACUCUCCAGAAGACGUCGCUUUGGAUCCAGUUGCUUUGUGUCAACAUCUUGCUCUGAUCGCAAAGGAUCAUGGCGCGUUGAUAUACGAAAGCAAUCCAGUUCUAGAGGUGCACAUUGGAGAUGAAAAACAAGUUUAUGGCGUUUCUACAAAAAUGGGAUUCAUUGAAACUAGUCACUUUGUUGAUGCUGCAGGAAUCUGGGCUGGAAGCCAUCUUGUGAAAGCUCUUCCACAUCAGCAUGUUCAAACUGCAGCAUAUCCGUGUACAUAUUCUUACAUUCAUACAUCAAAACUACCAACUGGAUCUGUUAGUGAUAUGACCCCUAUUUUCAAUGAUCUGGACGGAAACAUCAUGCUUCGUACAACUUCAUUCAAAACUCUCUGUGCAGGAUUCUCUGAAGAAAGUAUCAGACCUCUAGCCAGACAAACAGGUUCAGCAACACCAUGGCAACAUCCAGAACCCGAUUGGAAUGUUUUCGAUUCUAACCUCGAAAAGCUUAUCUCCAGAUGCCCGAUGCUUGGAGAAUGCAAUCAUGGUGAUUUAAUAGUUGGGAUGGAAGCGUAUACACCUGACAAGCUUCCAACUAUUGGAGAGAGUUCCCAAGCAAAAGGAUACUGGGUCAUGUGUGGAAUGAAUGGUCAAGGGCUAUCACUGGCUGGAGGACUUGGAAAAGUGCUCGGAGAACUAAUGUGUGAAUCACAAAGUUCCACUGCAGACGUGGCUCGUGUUGAUGUUGGACGAUUCAUUGAUCUUCAUGCGAACAGUCAGUACUUGAUAGGAAGAACUCCGGAAGUGGCUGCAUUGACGUAUUCAAAUCUUUACCACUCCCACCAAUGUCAUACUGCAAGAAAUUUGAGGAUGGCACCAAUUUAUCAUCAACUGCGAGAUGCUGGAGCUGUGUUUGGAGAGAUUAUGGGUUACGAACGGCCAUUGUGGUUUGAAAAAACUGCGAAAUCAGAACGAAACGCAUUGAUGAGUGGGCAAGACUCUCUCGUUGGAAAACCGGAUUGGUUUGAACGAGUCGCCAGUGAGUACGAAGCAUGUAGAGAACGAGUUGGACUUAUGGAUAUGAGUAGCUUCAGCAAAUAUGAUAUUACGGGCGAAGAUGCUGUCGAAUAUCUUCAAUUUCUGUGCUCAGCAAACGUUGACGAACCAAUUGGAACAACAGUUUAUACUGGAAUGCAACAUCAGAAAGGUGGAUAUGUCACUGAUUGCACUCUCAGCAGGCUAGGCGACAAGAAGUUUUUUAUGGUGGCUCCAACAAUUCAGCAGGAACGAGUACUUGUAUGGAUGAAAAAAUGGCAGGCAAUUCUGAAAGCUCGAGUACACGUUCAAGAUGUGACCGGCGCUUAUACGGCUCUUGACAUGAUUGGCCCAUCUUCUCGUUACUUGAUGGGAGAUAUCACUGGUUUAUCAAUGAGCAGCAAUGACUUUCCAACUUUUAGAUGCCAAGAGAUUAAUAUUGGAAUGGCGACUGGAAUACGAGCGAUUAGUGUUACCCAUUGUGGAGAACUUGGUUGGGUCAUUUAUAUACCUAAUGAAGUGGCCCAAAAUGUGUACGAGAAGAUUCUGGAAGCUGGAAAAGAGUACAGUCUCCAACAUGCUGGUUAUUAUACGCUUCGUCAACUUCGAAUAGAAAAGUUCUACGUCUAUUGGGGUCAGGAUAUCAAUGCCACAGUAACUCCUGUUGAGUGCGGAAGACUUUUCAGAGUCGACUUCAAGAAAGAUUUCAUAGGAAAGAAAGCUCUCGAGGAGCAGGUCGAACGAGGAGUUUCAAAACGAUUCGUGCAACUGCUUGUCGAUGGACAUGAUAAGGAAACGGAUCCGUGGCCACAAGGAGGUGAAACUAUUCUGAAAGAUGGUCGACCAGUUGGAUUAACAACUUCGGCUGCUUAUGGCUUCACAUUGGGCUGUCAAGUAUGCAUUGGAUACGUCGAAAAUAAGGAAUUCGGAGUCUCUCCUGAAUUCGUUUCAUCUGGACACUUCGAGAUUGAUAUCGCUGGAAAACGAUUCUCAUGCAGACUCAAUGUUCACUCGCCAUCGCUUCCAAUGAUAUCCAGCGAGCAUCCGCUUCAUUAUAGACCAACACAAUGA